GCGUUUCGCGCGUCCUCUCACAUUUUCUUAUGCUAUGAAUCUUACCGAUCACAUGUGAUUUAACCUCCUACACGUGCGUGAAUUUUAUUGAAUAGCGACGAACAUGAGGCAGAAAAAAGCUUCGAAAAGAAAAAAUAUUAAUUCAAAAUUGGAAGAUAAUGAUGAAAAGGAUGUAUAUGAUCCAGAUAACGUAAAGAACUCUGACAUGGAGGAUUUGACAGCGGCUCAAAUUAAUGUUGAUGAAGAUGCCACAGAUGAAGAAGUAGAAGAUGCAGUUGUAUCAAGCUCGGAUGAAGAAGAAGAUUUGGUUGUAUUCGAUUCAGAUGAGGUUUCAGACUAUUCGGAAGAUACCGGAUCAGAAAGCAGUUAUGAAGAACCACAAAAAGAUUCGUCGACCAGAUCAAGAAAUGUUAAAUUAAAGAAUAACAGUAAAGGCAAAGAAUCUCUAACAUUUAAAGACAAAGUGUCAAGAAAAAAGUUUGCAGAAGACACGAUUAUAUCAAGUUCAGAUGAAGAAGUAGAUUCUGAAGACACUGGGUCAGAAAGCGGUUAUAAUGAAGAAUCACAAGAAGAUUUACCAACCAGAUCGAAAGAUGACAAAUUAAAGAAUAAGAGUAAAAGCAAAGUGUCAAUGACAUUUAAAGGCAAGACAUCAACAAAAGAAAUUACGCCAGUAAUUAAUAAAUUAAAAAAUGAAAAAAAUCAUAGAGAUUCUGAUGAAUUACAGACAUAUAAUGUACAUAGUAAGCAAGAAACCAAAAGUAUAGCUAACAAUGCAAAUGACAAAGAUGAAUAUGAAGAUGAUAGUUCUGAUGAAGAAGAUAUUCGUAACACAAUUGGGAAUGUACCAAUGAAGUGGUACGAUGAAUAUGAUCAUGUUGGAUAUGAUUGGGAAGGUAAAAAGAUUCCUAAACCUGAAAAGGGUGAUGAAUUGGAUAACUUUUUAAAGAGAAUGGAAGAUCCUGAUUUUUGGAGAACUAUAAAAGAUCCUCAAACUGGUCAGGAUGUUGUACUGAGUGAAGCAGAUAUAGAUUUAAUUGUAAGAAUUCAAAAGCAGAAAGUUCCUGAUGCUCAAUUUGAUGAAUAUGCGCCAUGGGUAGAUUGGUUCACUUCUGAAGUAAUGAAAAUGCCACUUCGAAAAUUCCCAGAGCAAAAACGCUCUUUCUUACCAUCUAAGAGUGAAGCUAGAAAAGUGUCAAAAUUGGUGCACGCUCUUAAGAUGGGUUGGAUCAAAUCUACCACUGAAAUGCAGAAGGAAAGAGAAAAGAUUCAGGGACCUCAGUUCUAUAUGUUGUGGCAAUCUGACGAUCAAGCAGAGGAAAUGCGUAGAAUCCACAAGCAUAUUCCAGCACCCAAGAGACAUUUACCUGGUCAUGCGGAAAGCUACAAUCCUCCACCAGAAUAUUUGUUUGAUAACAAAGAACUUAAAGAAUGGAAUAAAUUGAAGGCGACUCCCUGGAAGAGGAAAUUACAUUUUAUACCAGAGAAAUACAAUUCUCUUCGAGAAGUGCCUGCAUAUCCAAGAUAUAUUAAAGAAAGAUUUCAGAGGUGUAUAGAUCUGUACUUGUGUAGUAGAUCAUUAAAGAUGAAAUUAACUAUAGAACCAGAAGUCUUGGUUCCACAGUUGCCUAGUCCAAAGGAUUUGCAACCAUUCCCAACAACAAUGUUUAUGGUAUUUAAAGGACAUACAGAUAUGAUCAGAAGUAUUACUGUAGAUCCAGAAGGUCAAUUUAUUGCAUCUGGUGGAGAUGAUAUGUUAUUGAAGAUAUGGGAAGUAAGCACAGGUAGGUGCUUGAAAACAAUACCUUGUGGUGGUGUCAUUCGAAGUGUUGCCUGGCGUCCAAAUGAAGCUAUGUCAUUAAUAGCUGUUGCAGCUGAUAAGAAAGUGCUUUUGAUCAAUCCUGGAGUUGGAGAUAAUCUUAUUUCCAGUAAAACUGAUGAACUUUUGGAGAUAAUACCACAAAGUGAAAUAAUAGUGACCGACAGGGUGCAAAGUGCAGUACAAUGGGAGCAAGCGGAAGGUGAACAUUGGAACAAUGGAAUUAGGAUAAUUCUAAAUCAUUUUAAAACUGUAAAACAAGUAACGUGGCACGGGAAAGGAGAUUAUUUUGCUACUGUUAUGCCAGAUGGUCAGAAUAGAUCAGUUUUGAUAAAUCAGUUAUCAAAACGAAGAUCUCAAUUACCUUUUAAUAAAUCGAAAGGAUUAAUACAGUGCGUGCUGUUUCAUCCGAUUAGACCAUAUUUAUUUGUUGCAACACAAAGAAACGUGAGAAUAUAUGAUCUUGUACAACAAGUAAUGGUUAAAAAAUUAUUAUCCAAUUCACAAUGGAUAUCAACAAUGGAUAUUCACCCAGGGGGUGAUAAUAUUUUAGUAGGAACGUACGAUCGCAAAAUGCUUUGGUUCGAUUUAGAUUUCAGUAAAGAGCCUUAUCAAACAUUGCGAUUACAUGGAACUGGCGUACGCGCUGUAGCGUUUCAUAAACGAUAUCCUCUGUUUGCUUCUGGAGCUGACGACAGGGCACUAAUUGUGUCUCAUGGAAUGGUGUACAAUGAUCUUUUACAAAAUCCAUUAAUUGUACCACUGAAAAGAUUGUGUAAUCAUGAAUCGUAUAAUGAUUUUGGCAUUUUGGACGUCAUAUUUCAUCCUAUUGAACCAUGGGUAUUUUCCGCUGGUGCAGACUUUACUAUACGAAUGUAUACGUAAAUAUAUAUAUAACAUUUUUCCCCAAUUUUAUGUAAAAUACAUAAAAUACAUUUA